GCAGCAGGUUCCGAGCCACAGUGGAGCUGGGCAGGCGGAACCUGAGCAGCCCGUGUCGGAGAUGGUGCCCGCCAUCCUGGGGGCUCUGUACCCCAGGGCCAGGCCUAGCCUCCUCUUGUACCUCAUCCUGGCAGCUAGGGUCCUGCACCCCCAGCCCCUGAGGCCUGUUCUUGAGGAAUUUCCAGACUUCCUGGAACUGUCGCAGCCACUGUCUGACCUGGUGGAUGACUACGGGAUCCGACCGAGGCACCCCAGACUCACGCACCCCGGAUGGCGAGGGCCGCGGCCCCUCCUCUCCCAGGCCCAGCCGCGCAAGUGGGACGGGCCGGACGUGGCCGACUAUUACUACGAGGGCGAGGACGCCCCCGAAGGUGGCUGAGGGAACCUGCAUAAAGCUAUGUUCUGUCGGCAGAG